AUGUACACAACACGCGACCCGUUCAACCUCCGCAGCAAAGCAUCCAAAGCAGCGCCCUCGGCCUUCUCGCUCCUCCAGAACGCCGCCACGCGCACUUCGCAGGCCGUCGAGUCGACCAAGCAAUCGACCAAGCAGGCCGUCGAGGCUACCAGGCAGGCGCUCCACGACUCCGACAUGUCCUUCGCUGUCCCGCGCAACAUUGAGUCUGCAUCACGCCGCUUCGAGGAGAAUGUCUGGAACAAGGUCACGGGGAACGAGAAAGGCUUGCCGAUGUACAAGGACAAGCCUGCGGGAUAUGGGUACGGGGGUGGCAGGGGGAAGAGGGGAUUCGUGAGGAGCAACAAGGGCCUGGCCACAAUCGCACUGCUGGCGCUGGGCUUCCUGUACUGGAUGGUGGUGCCGCGCUCGAGCCAGUCUCCAGCUGCAAGACUGGGCGCUGGGAGGAGCUGGUUCGGUGGAAGCGCAGCAAGCAGGAAAGCCCUAGUCUGGGAGAAGAGGAGACAGGAAGUCAAAGACGCCUUCCUGCUCAGCUGGAACGCAUACGAGGAGCACGGGUGGGGCUACGACGAAUACCACCCCGUCUCCAAGAACGGUCGAUACAUGGCAGAGCCCAAUGGCCUGGGCUGGAUCAUCGUCGAUGCGCUGGACACCAUGAUGCUCAUGAACCUGACCAGGGAGCUCAGGCACGCGCGCGAGUGGGUUUCGACGACCCUGGACUACGACAAGGACCAGGACGUCAACACUUUUGAGACCACAAUACGAAUGCUCGGAGGACUGCUGUCUGCGCACUACCUGCAGGAUGUUUUCCCUGCGCUGAAGCCCGACAACUCCAACGAGGAGGACCUCUUCCUUGAGAAAGCCACCGACCUCGCAGACCGCCUCAUGGGCGCCUACGAGUCUCCAUCUGGCAUCCCCUGGGCCAGUGUGCGUCUCAAGGACAGCAAAGGCGAAGCCUCGCACGCCGACGGCGGCGCCUCGUCGACCGCCGAAGCGACCACGUUGCAGCUCGAAAUGAAAUACCUCGCCUACCUCACGGGAGAAUCGCACUACUGGGAGAAAGCAGAGAAGGUGAUGCAGGUCGUCGACGACAACGGCGCCAAAGACGGACUCGUCCCAAUCUUCAUCUACGCUGAUCGUGGCACCUUCAGGGGCAGCGAGAUUCGCCUGGGCUCUCGGGGAGAUAGUUACUACGAGUAUCUCAUCAAGCAAUACCUUCAGACUCAGAAGCAAGAGCCCAUCUACUUGGACAUGUGGGACGAGACCCUUCGAGGCGUGAAGCAACACCUCCUCGCCUACACAAAGGACGCCCACCUGACAGUCCUUGCCGAGCGUCCCGGCGGGUUAGACGGACAGCUGCACCCGAAAAUGGACCAUCUGGUGUGCUUCAUGCCCGGCACCAUUGCUCUCGCGCAGACUUCUGGCCUCUCGCUCUCCGACGCCCAAAAGCUACCUUCCUGGGGCAAAGCGCAGGAAGAGAACAUGCUGCUCGCGCGCGAGCUGAUGAAGACCUGCAUGGGUAUGUACCGCUCCACUGCCACUGGAUUGUCACCAGAGAUCGCACACUUCGAGCUCGACGACGAGCCGAAAAUGUACCAUACAGAGGUGCUCGCUUCCAAGACGGAGUUGGAGGCUGAUACGCCGGAGGGAGAAGGGUGGAAGAAGGACUUCAUCAUCAAACCGGCUGAUGCGCACAACCUCCAACGACCUGAGACCGUAGAGUCGCUGUUUUACAUGUGGCGCAUUACUGGAGACGAGAUGUAUAGAGAAUGGGGGUGGGAGAUGUUCUCGGCCUUCAAGAACCACACUGCCAUCGAGGGUGGCGGUGGCUACACCUCUGUGAAUGACGUGACAAAGGUCCCGCCGCCGAGCAGGGACAACAUGGAAAGCUUCUGGCUGGCCGAAACUCUCAAGUACUUCUACCUCCUCUUCGGGCCCGACGAUGUCCUGCCGCUCGACCAGAUCGUGCUGAAUACGGAAGCGCAUGCCUUCCCGCGCUUCGAUGCGAGUAAGAAGCGGUUCAAGACGGGGUGGGCGAGGAUACCGAGGGAUGCAAAGGGAGAGAUGAUUUUGAAGAAGGAAGACGAGAAGAAGGAAGAUGCGGCGAAGGAGAGCACGGGGGGCUCGAGCAGCCUUGGCUGA